UUUCUCUCCCCAAUCAAUCCCCAGAAAAAGUAGGGAACAAUAAAAAUGCACUAGACAGGGAGUUGGAUCCUGCGGGUUGUGGGACAAAUGUGUUAGUGGGUGCGCAUUGGAUCGAUACUGGAAUGAAAAAAAACCGUUCCACUGGGGGUCUCCCACUAGUCUGCUUUUCUGCGCUGACUGCCACGACUCUCAUAGCACAUGGACAAGUAGUGGGGAAAAAUCCAGCGUGAAAGAGAAAACGACAGAAAAUCCGGUGGUAUUUUAUUAUGUACUGUAGUGCGACGAAGAAGGCGAACGGUGACGAUGCGCUGACGGCGUGGCGGGUGUUAUGUUUUAUCACUUUUGAUCGAAAAGUCAGACUACCACGGACCUUCGCUGAUGACUAUUUCAACGCACUCGAGUGGAAAGCACUUGUUAUUGUUGAAAAUUUCCGAAGCUAUUUGGAGUUCCUCUCGUUGCUGAACAGUUGUUGAAGGAUUGUACCGAGGUGACUGGAUGGACAAUUAUCAGACAGGAUAUCAUAGUCUUGGAGAUUCUGCUGGCAGGUCCCAUAUGAGUUGUGCGUAGACACUGAUGAAUUGUUGACACAUGCAGAGCUGGGGAGCAUUAGAAAAUUCGAGGAAUGCUUCAGGGAAUUUGUGGAGCCACGUGUCAGUGACAGCCCGAUCUCUGGGUUGCUCCAUCAACUACUCCAGUGGACGAACAUGAUCUCCACCAGUCCGAGCUGUCAAUGGUAGGAAACUCCCGAGGAAUUCGAUGUAUCAACUGACUUGACUUCGAAAGGCACCUCAAUUGAAAUAACGCGGGCAGUACUUUCCUUCCCCCCCGAGGACUGAAUCCGGGUGUUGCCGGAAGCUCAGAGCCGGCACCUCAGCACAGAUACCUUCCACCGGGCCAGGGUGUACGAAGAGUUUAUAAAUAGUCACUCACUCCUAGGUGGUACACGAAAAACGACAAAUUAAAAAUAUAGCCAGGUGGUAGGGGUAAGAAAGGGAGAGGAGGAGAAGUUAGCCAUCAGCCUGUGGUAUUAAAAUAGAAAAGAAUGUUUUUGGAAUCCAAUUGGACUUGGUUGGCAGAACGAUGGGGCAAUAUGGCCGACUUGGCCGAGCGGGUUGACGAUCUGAUAUGCAGUUUUGAUUCGUCUGGUGAUACAACAAUGGAUACAUUAUCAAUGCUAAUAUUCGGUUGGAUGCUGUUCGGUCUUAUUGUCCUGUGCGUUGGUAAAUACAUUUACAAUCGUUUUGUUCUUAUCGAUAAAAUUACAACGAGUGGAGCAAGUGGUGGUGUUGCCAGUGUGUCCAAUGUAUCGGGGAAGGAACAUGGGGUACAUGGAAUUGGUGAGAGUGUCGUGUCAGCUGGAAGUAUUGCCAGUAAAUUACUCACGCAGGAGAAACCCAUCAGAGUUGCAAUGGCGAAAUCAGCAACUGCCAGUGUUGCUGGAAGUGCUGGUGUCAUUGGAGUCAGUGGUGGGCAUGGGGGUGGAGGUGGUGGUGGGUAUGUACCACCAACACCACCGAUGAGAAAAAGAUUGACAAGAAAACCAUCUGGCUCGCUGUUGAGUCCAGCGAGGAGCUCGAGAGCACUUCAUUUGCCGGCUGCCACUGGCGCUGAUACUGAGGCUGUUCGCUGGGUUAAUGAGCUCGUUGUUUGGCUACACUCGGAUUUGGUCAUACUUAAUGAACUACUCGCCUCUUGGGUGCUCUCACUCAAUCACUUUGUCGCUAGUUCGGUCGAUGAGCAUGGAGUGGGUGUCGAAUUUGUCCGGGUACUUCCGGAGACACAAUCGCCUUCUCUAUCAAAUAUCUUCUGCGAAUGUGAUUCUAAAAAUGACGUUACGAUAACAUGCGAUUGCGAAGCAACUCCGGCACUGCAGCUGAAGGCAUUCCGACAAAAAGGUGAUAAAGUUGAGGUCAGCCAUUAUCGUGCGAAUGUAAAUCGCUUUCGAGCCCGGUUAAAUGUUGUUUGUAUCACCGAGAAACUCCUGAUGGACUUGAAAUGCGAUGGCUGGCCAGAGGUGAAGGUCUCACUGGCCCAAGUGGGAACCAUUAAGAAGGAUCUCGACGAGAGCCAGCUUCAGGAAGUUGUGACUGAGAUCGUGGUUGGCGCACUGAGGGGCACUAAUGUCCAUCUCAAUCUGUCUAAAUACCCCACUUGUCCCCGACUCUGGCGGGAUCCACCACCUCACACUGGGUAUUCAGUGCCACUCCACUACGACAGCAUGGGUCGUCCAGAGUCAACGGCACCGCAGUACGUAUCAGGUGACAGACGUUUACUGGUUAAAGUUGUUCGAGCAACCGAUCUCGGAGGGAAGGAGGGAUGCUCCCAGCCGUAUUGUGUAGUCGAAUUGGAUGAACCACCGCAAAAGCACCAGACAUCGAUUAAGAAAGAUACAAUGAGCCCGAUUUGGGACGAAGCCUUCCUGUUCGAUGUCAGUCACAAUACGUCGGAAGUACUAUUGGAGAUCUACGAUAACUUGAAUAAAAGUCAACGAUUCCUGGGGCUGGGAAUUGUCGGGGUCGAAGAGCUGCUCGUCAAUCCGAGCCAGAGGCAGAUUAUUCCUCUUCAGGCGAGACCCUACGAAGCUGAUGAAGUCACUGGAACUUUGACUGUCGAAUUUCUUUUUAUUGAAGGGGCCGAGGUGCCUCAGAUUGGUUCGAAGCCCUUCAAACUCAAGGAAGCUAUAAAACCAGUGUCACCUACCCGCACAUACAGCCCAACCAGCCAGCUCAGCAAUAAUAGUCUUAAUUAUAACAAUGGUAACAGUACACUUAUCUUGUACGACUCUACUGCUCAAUCAACCGGGGACUAUCUGACCAAUGGUGCAACCAUCGACUCACCGUACAGAACGGGACAGACGAAUGGUAACAAGGGGACUCUGAUUGUUCAUAGUCAACAGAGGCAAGCUGAACGUCAAGUCGUCAAGGUUACACUAUCAGAGGAUGGCAGUUGGCAAGAACUUUCCCCAGAGCACACCAAUCGGGAUAACAGCGCUACAUCAGGUCCGGAGAGCACGCCAAGGUCGUCGAAUUCGGAAGGAACUAGAGAACGGGGACGAACGCGAAGAAAACGACGUGACUUUUUCGGAACAAUAAAAAAGCGCUUGAGUAGGUCGAAGACUAGAAGUAGAUCGGCAGGACGAGAGGGUGAUAUUAAUCACGAAGAUGCUCACUCGAGAUCGAUAUCCGCUGACAGGGCACGGGAUCCAGGCUCAGUAUCGUUAAAUGUGCCAGGCAAAGAAGAGCACUCGCGAAGAUCAAGUCUGAGUGAGGCCUCGGCAAUCAGCGGCACGUCAACGAGAACGUACAUCAACGAGGCAUCAACACUAGUCCUAGAAACCUUAGAAAAUGGGAUUAAAAAGCACUACCUAGUACCCCUCUCCCUCGCCCAGAAGAGCAAGUGGAGGAAAAAGGGCACAAAAUUGCACAUAUUCAACGACCACACCUUCAUCGCGAAACACAUGUCUGGUGGGACCGUAUGUGAAGUCUGCAAGAGGACAUUAGCACGAAGAUUAGGAAAACAGGGUUACGAAUGUAGGGACUGUUUACUAAAAUGCCACAAGCAUUGUCAUGUUAAAGUGGAGACCAUGUGCUCGACAUCAACAAUUCAAAGCAUAGAAUUGUCCCUACUGCCAGUACUGAGCGAAUAAAAUAGAACAUACAUCCGGACACCGCAGCUCGAACGGAAAUUUUCAACCCGUCGAUGCUGAAGCAACACACGACGGCUAUAAUUGAUGAUCCAUUCGUCCACAAUAAUCAAAGAAGAAUUUAAGUUGUUAAAAUAGACCCUCCCUUGUCAUUAUUUCAGUACUUCGCGGUCAGAGUGACGGCACAGUAACAGUUGAGAGAGGGUCAACCAAAUCUAGUCUAAAACACGACUUUUAACUUAGUCACACGCCCACAAAUCUUCCAUGUUUCGCACGACUGCAUAUAUUUUAUAAAUAAAUAGGAAAAGUCGCAUUCACCUCCUUAUACUGCUGGUAGAUACAUAAAUAUCCCAAUAUAUUCACAUCAUGAAAUAUAGUUUUUGCCCCCUUCCAUGAUGAUACCAUCACUACAGUGAAUUUUCUCACACCAUCGAAACCUAAAUAACGCGGAGAACAAUUUAUUUCUCGCUCUGUCAUUCGAAAAAUACCGAGCAGAAAAUCACCCCAAUCAUCUCAAGCGAAACAUUUUUGCAAACAAAUGAGAAUAAUCUCCAUUAAGAAUGUCCAAGUGAAUUAGAAAAAAUUUUCCCCUUUUUGCAUUGAAUUUAAUUUUUUUACACUAUUUAAUUUAUAUUUUUGAAGACAAAAACAAGAAUUUAGUAAAAAUUACCUGGAAAAAAGGAGAACGGUCUUUUUUUUUACUUAUUAGCGUCUUUUAUAAAUAAUUUCGAAACUUGCUGAAGAUGUAGUAGUUUAGUUGUAUUUUUAUUGGUAAAAAUUCGAAGGACAAAUAGAACACUUGGAUAUUCUUCAUUAUUUUUUUCGACUUGAAUUUUCUUCUCGCAUUAUACAAUAAUAUAUCGUUAACAAGUUAUUUAUAUUAGUACUUAAGUUGCGAUAUUUUUUUAAAUACAUUUAUCGGUGUGUAACCAUGGAUAUUUAUAAAAUGGCGAAUGAAUUUUGCAACUAUUGACUAGUUACCGAAUUCAAUCCACGAAUAAGCGUACAACUAUAGUAUAAACAAAAGGAUUGAGAGAGGACUUGAUUAUUCGCAUCGCAUUUCGUCCGACCACACGUACACACUAUUUGGUAAAUUGUUUUUUCAAACACAUUCAAUCAAAUAAUGAAAGUAAAUUAGAUUUUUAUCGAUUUCGCGGAACAAGAGGACUAGUUGACAUUAGAAUACUUCGAAUUUUCUUUUUCAUGAGAAUUUUUAUGAUACGAUUUUAUCGUCUACGUUAGUCUGAAACGACUGCAGAGCACUCAAUAAAGAACCUAGUGAUUAACGAUAAUUAUUCAACAUGGGCUGUGAGGGGCUUGGCGAAAAUUAUAUGAAAUAUUUGAGGUGUUGGAGUGAAGCAGUUGCAGCAGAGGGAAUUCUAUGGAAAAUUCUCUAACUCUGUACUAAGAAAAAAAUAUUUCUCGCUGAUUUUUCGUCCGCGUGCACUAAGAAUAUGCCUAAAAUUUCGUUUGUCAAAUUUUCGACGCGAUAAAUAAUCAAAAAGCCUUGUCAAUUAAAUUUACAAAACUUUUAUUUUUCCCAAUCGAUAAAAAUACAGCGAAAUAAAUCUCUAACACUUGUGGAAAAUUUCAAACUCAACUAACGACUGCAGCACAAUAAAAAUGGAGUGAGCUGACACGCCACGUUAACAGAAACGAAUAUAGUGGCCCAAGGGUUAACAGUAAUAGUGCCUCUAGAUAACUCGUUGUACCAUUGACUAGUAUUCGGAAAUUAGAGUGACAAAAUCUAUCGAAGGAUCGAAUAGGCUUCCUCUUUUGAAUCCCCGAGAUUCUCUGAUUUCAAAUUGUUGAAGAGUAUAUACAAUAAACUUUAAAUAAGACGAUUAUAUCGAAGUGUUGACUUUAUAUUGCGCACACGUCUCCAUAAUAAAAAAUACGCAAUAACGAGUGAAGAUAAAAAUGUAAAAACAAUGAAUCAGGCAGGAAAAAAAGGAAAAAUACAUUAUGAUCGCACAACUUU